AUUUUCUUGCAUGGCAGGCGGUUGGAUUAGAUGGCCCUUGAAGUCUCUUCCAUCACUGUAAUUCAUUCUGUCUGUUUGUCUAUCUAUAUUAAUAUAAUUAUAUAUUAGUAUCAAUUAUAUAUCUCUCACACACAUUCCUUCAUGGCAUGGCAGAGGUUUGGACUGGAUGGUUCUUGAGGUCUCUCCCAGCUCUAUAAUUCUAUAUAUGUUCAUGUAACAACUUGGCUGGGAUUUUUUGCUCCCAUCCAAAUCCUGCUCUGGAUUAAGAUCCCUGGUUUUGGCAUUCUGGAUCUCUUCUGUCAGCAUCCUGAGUCCGCACACCUGGCUAUUCUGAGGGGCUGAUCCAGAUCAUACUCCAGUUUUGAACCUGCCAGACAGUGUUCAUCUGGGUUCCCUCUUUCUCUCUCUCUCUCUCUGCUCUUGUCUUGGGAUUUGUGCAGAAUCUCCCUCCUUUCCAGCACAGAUCCAGUCUGAGCGAGACGGGAAAGCAGUGCUUACCUGAAUUUGCAGCUAGGGCCUUGUGACUCUGAUCCAGGAUUGGUGCCUUUCAUGUGGCAGAGUCGCCCUCAACUUUGCACCGCCUUUGCACACUCCUCGCAGGCACCUUUGCAUUGCAAAGCUGUCAGUCCGGAUUGCCCCUUCCUUGCCUGGAUCCUGAAAGGGUUUUGCUUGCUUGCCAAAGGUAGGAAGGAGGAAGAUGCUGCCAGGGUCCAUCCAGAUCUCUGGGGAGACUUUAUCCAGCGCUGAGAUCCGCGACAUCUGCGAAAGCCUCAGAGAGAACUCCAUCAAACUCCUGUCCCUCCGGGGCUGCCAGCUCUCCGACCGGGAUUUUGGCCGGAUUUGCCGAGGGGUGGCCGAGUCACACUCUCUGGCCCAACUCAACCUCAACCUGGGGAUUGUCUCCAACAUCAACCGGGUCAAGCAGCUGGCUGAAGCCCUCAAGACCAACCGCUCCGUCCAGUCUUUGUUCCUCCAUGGAAGUCCCCUGACCGAUGCUGGUCUAGCGUUCCUCAAUCCGGCACUCUCCAUCCAUCCCUCACUAGUUGCUUUGGACCUGGGGGACUGCAUGCUGGGUGAUGAAGGUAUCAACUUGAUCUGUGGCCUUCUGCCUCCUGAUGGAGCCAAGUCAGGUUUGAAGGAGCUGACCCUAAGUGCUAACCCUGGCAUCACAGCCAAAGGAUGGGGGCGCCUGGCUAUUGCAGUGGCUCACAGUUCCCAGGUGCGAGUGUUGAACUUGGACUACAACCCCCUAGGUGACCAGAUAGCGGCAAUGCUGGCAGUUUCUGUGGCAUCCAGUCGGACCCUAGAGGUUUUGGACUUGGAAGGAACAGGACUUACCAACCAAUCAGCCUUGAUUCUGCUGGACAUGGUGGAAAACUAUCCAACAGCUUUGCGGACGUUGAUCCUGGCGGAAAACAACAUCAGCCCUGAACUCCAGCAGCAAAUCUCUGACCUUCUUUCUGAGGGUGAGGAAGAGGAGGAGACGGAGACUCGUGAAGUCAUGGCCAGAGAGAAGAACUCCUGGAUCUGUCAGAGCAAUUCCAGUUCCCAAAUGGUUUUGGUAACAUCCGGCCUUGGUGAAAGUCUCCUAGCAGAAACAGAGAUGUGAUCAGGAAACUCCAGUAGCCUCUGAUGAGAAAUAUAAUUCCAUGUAUGUGGAAAGACUGUGUGCUUAUAGAAAUGCAUUCACACAAUUAUGUGUGAAUGUCAACUGUGCUUGUGUGUUUGCAAGUGAGUGUAUACACUAGGCCAGUCUGAAAGCUCAUAUGCCCAUGUGCAAUUGCUAGACCUGCUCGGACUGCAGAUCCACACACUGUGUCUUACUGAAGUCACCUUUUAGCUCUACACUGGUACCUGACCCAAAUUAACCUGUGUUCUAUGACUGUCAGUUACUUGUGAUCGUCCCAUUGCUGUAUUUUUCAACCUCUCCACCCCACUCUCAUCUGAUCUUUUGGGGAGGUUCUAUUUAUUCAGAUGUGUAUAUUUAUGUAUAACAGAUACUCUUUUUAUUGCUUAUAUCUAUGUCCUGAGUAGAAUUUUAUAAAAUUCACAGAAAUGA